CCUUGAAGUGGACGGACGCAGGCUAUGAAUAACCUGACCGAAUCGAUGCCCUCUGAUUUCCACAACCUGAGGGCGGUGGGGCUGGAUCAUUCACAGCACGGCGCCAGCCUCCCUUACUUCUUACCGCAAUCGAGCUUUUUUUCAUGCGUAAGAUAUUCAACUCACAUACACGGAGACGACAGACACACGACAUGAUCCUUUGGGUCGUAGAUUUACACGUCCGGAAUCGAGGCAGUCGGGUUGCUGCCAGGCUGCAUGAUCAUGUACGACUGGGAAUCAAGGACAUAGCUGUCGUGCAAGUCCAUAUGGAGUCGGGGAGUUUCCCACAAGGCCUUUUUUCCUCGGUUCUUAUCUUGCCUUUUUCUUUUUUUUUUCUGCCACCUAUUUUCUCACCCAGCGAAAAUGAACAUACACAUACUCGCGUCGACAUGUUUAUAAUCCUCUUUCUAUUCACAGUGCCCUAUCGAGGGCCCUUUUUUCUUCUUCUUUUAUUUUCUCUCGCUCUCUCUCUCUCUCUCUUGAUCUUUUUCUUUUUUUUCUUCUUCUCCUUUCGGCUGCCUGUGUGCUCGAAUAUGAAAGGGCCAGGACCUGAUGUCUUUGGUUUGUUUGCAAGAUCAGUGGGAGCGUCUGGCACGGGCGGUACGGGGGGUAACAUAAUGGGGGAUUAUUCCGGUCAGACCAUUCGAAGGGUUGGGGGCUGCUACAAAAAAGUUCAACGCUUGGAAACACAAACGAGAACGGGCAAAACAACAAGCGUAUUAUACUCGGCAGAGCGUUUAGAACGUCAUCGGGUUCAUAAUUCAUGGUCGGAUUUUAAAGGUGUCUGGAUGGGAAAGGGGGGGGGGGGGGUUUCCCUUUGUUUUUGUCUUUUCACGAUUGUUCUGGAGGGAUUCCAAGGUUCGAGCGGUUUUAAUGUUAGUCGGUCGGUUCAGCUGCAAUGGCACAGCGUAUUACGGUUGGAAACUCGGUGUUCGGUGUCGUGAUGACCUUCUGAAAGCCCCCCUUGCUUCGAGAUGGCGCCCAAGAUGGAAAAAAGAAGGAAAAGAAAAGAGAGAAAACUCGUGUUUGAUGCUACAAUUCAUUACAAAAGCGUAAAAAGGUGUUAUGUACACUCGACCGUAUUUGUUUCGGUUUCUUUCCCCUCCGCAUAUCACGAGAGCGGUGAUGGUAUGAGAGCCACUUUUGCUCUCUCUUUCUCUCUACCUAUCCCCUCUUU